ACCCGUCUGUUCCUACGCCAGGCAGCGCGGGGCCGGCAUCGUUGCACCGCGCGUGGCACUCAUGGGUAUGCGUAAGUGCCAGCAAGUUAGUAGCGAUCGAGACACGGCGGAGGAAGGAACCUGUCUCUUUCGGACUUAGCAUACCUGGUCCCGGGUCCCCGUCUACCUGCCUCCCACACACCUGUAUCCCUCUGGACACACCUGCCUAGCUGCACACGUGAGAAUGGCGCUGCUGCUGGGACGAGAGGCGGUGUGGUGGAGCAGCCUAGUCACCUACAGUCUGGUCACUGUGUUUUUGGCUGCCCUACUUGCCUGGUUCAUUAAGAGGCAGAAGACGGUGUGGAUGAUUGAGAAGCUGCCGGGGCCUCCUAGUCUGCCCAUCAUCGGUAAUGCUCUGGACGUGAAUGUGGCGCCGCGCGAACUCUUCCAAACAAUAUCUGGAGGGUCAUAUAUCUGGAGUCUCCGCACGCCCAUCCUGAGGGUGUGGGCGGGGCCGUAUCCUAUCGUUCAGCUGCUAAAAUGUUCGGGGACAGAGGUCCUCCUCAGCAGCCCCAAGCACCUGGACAAGAGCCGGGACUACAACUUCCUACACCCCUGGCUCGGCACUGGCCUCCUCACCUCCACAGGCAACAAGUGGCACUCUCGCCGUAAGCUGCUGACCCCGGCCUUCCACUUCAAGAUCCUGGAAGACUUCGUGGAGGUGUUCAACGGACAGAGCAACAAGAUGGUCCAGCAGCUCACCGAGAAGGCUGAUGGGAAGGCCUUCGACAUCUUCACCAACAUAACGCUGUGCACCCUGGAUAUUAUAUGUGAGACGGCCAUGGGCAUCAACAUCAACGCCCAGGACAACAGUGACUCCGAGUAUGUGAAUGCAGUGUACAGAAUUGGUGCCCUCGUCCAGUACCGCCAGACGAGGCCAUGGAUCCAGCCUGACUUCCUCUUCAAGCUGUUCGGGUACGCCAAGCUGCACGACGAGUACCUCCGCAUCCUUCACGGGUUCUCCUACAGCACCAUCGAGAACAGGCGCAGGGAGAGGGAGCUCGCCGCCGCCACGAAGAAGGAGGAGACCAACGAGGAUGAAGUGAUCGGCAAGAAGAAGCGGCUGGCGUUCCUUGACCUGCUCCUGAACUACUCGGAGACACAGACCACACUGACCAACGAGGAUAUCAGAGAGGAGGUGGAUACGUUCAUGUUCGAGGGUCACGACACAACCGCGGCCGCCAUCAACUGGUCCGUCUACCUCCUCGGAUGCCACCCAGAGAUACAGGCCAAGCUACACGAGGAGCUUGACGCCCUGUUCGGAGACUCUGACCGGCCCGUGACCAUGGCGGACCUGCGGGAGAUGAAGUACACAGAGAACUGUAUAAAGGAGGCGCUCAGACUCUUCCCCUCCGUACCCUUCCUGGCGCGGGAGCUCAGGGAGGAAGCUGUCAUUGACAACCACCGCAUCCCCGUGGGCACAACCGUGAUGGUGGUGACGUACCGGCUGCACCGCGACCCCGAGCAGUUCCCCGACCCCGAGAGGUUUGACCCCGACCGCUUCCUGCCGGAGAACGUAGCCAAGCGACAUCCCUAUUCCUACGUGCCCUUCAGCGCUGGCCCCAGGAACUGCAUAGGCCAGAAGUUCGCCCUGAUGGAGGAGAAGAUCGUCCUGAGCAGCAUCAUGCGUAACUUCCGCGUCGAGAGCACCACCCGCCGCGAAGACCUCAGGAUCCUCGGCGAGCUCAUCUUGCGGCCGGAGAAUGGCAAUGUUGUCAAGCUCUUCCCUCGCUCUGCCACGGUGGGCUGAGGCGCUGGCACCACUGCAGACCAAAGGGGGAGGGAAGGGAGGGGUUGUUGGUGAUUGAUUGAUUGAUAAGUUUAUUGUUGUUGGUGAUGAAGGGAGGGAAGGAGAGGAAGGAGGAGGAGAGGAGUGAGGGAGAGAGGGAGAGAGAAGGAAUGAGUGAGGAAUGAAGGGAAGGAAGGAGAGAAAGGAAGAAAAAAGUGAAGAUUGGAAGGAAGAGAAGGAAGAAGAGAGGAAAGAAAAGAGGAAAAGGCAAUGAAAGAAGGAAAAGAUUUGAAUUUUGAGGAAGGAAUAAAGAAAGAAAGAAAGCAGAAAGGAAAGAAGAAAAAAAAUGGAGUCACAGAUAGAAGAAAGGAGUUGAAAGAGAGAAAAAAAUAAAGGAAGGAAGGGAAUCAUUGAGUUCAGAAAAAAAGAAAAAAUUGAAGGAAGGAAGGAGGAAAGAGAUAUAAUAGUUAAUAUGUAAAAACCUUAUAACUAAACACCAACACCUGCACCAAAGAUCACAUUUGUUGGGCAUUCUAUCAUAUCCUUGGACCUUUUUUAUUCCAAUUUUAAGACACUCACCUUUUCUCGGGGCAUUUUUAAAAACACGUACAUUUCUCGGGCACAUUCACGGUACAUUUCUUUUUGCAUUGUUCUCGUGUUCACGCUCCAACGUUCUUUGAUUGUUCCGUGACUCAACGUACUUUUCAAUUCCCACAUUUCACCUCUACGUACGUUUUUUUUCCUGUUUUCCUUUUCCUGUUUAAGUUUCGUGUACAAAGUAAAACAAGGACAGCUUUUGGUUUCCUGUUUUUCCUCUUUUUAAUCUUGUUUCCUUCUAGUUUCUUUAUCUGUUUCUAUCUGUGGUAUUUUUUCCUGUUUUCCUGUUUCAGUUUCGUGUACAAAGUGAAACAAGGACAGCUUUUGGUUUCCUGUUUUUCCUCGUUUUAUUCUUGUUUCCUUCUAGUUUCUUUAUCUGUUUCUAUCUGUGGUAUUUUUUCCUUCUCUUUCUAACCCACCCAAGACAUCAGGUUAAUUAAGUCUGCCUGCCACCUUCUUGCCAGCUAGUUUUAAUGCACUUCUAAGUUUGUGAGCACUCCUAAGUUUGUGAGCACUUCUAAGUUUGUGAGCACUUCUAAGUUUGUGAGCACUCCUAAGUUUGUGAGCACUCCUAGGUUUGUGAGCACUCCUAGGUUUGUGAGCACUCCUAAGUUUGUGAGCACUCCUAAGUUUGUGAGCACUCCUAAGUUUGUGAGCACUCCUAAGUUUGUGAGCACUCCUAAGUUUGUGAGCACUCCUAGGUUUGUGAGCACUCCUAAGUUUGUGAGCACUCCUAAGGUUGUGAGCACUCCUAGGUUUGUGAGCACUCCUAAGUUUGUGAGCACUCCUAAGUUUGUGAGCACUCCUAGGUUUGUGAGCACUCCUAAGUUUGUGAGCACUCCUAGGUUUGUGAGCACUCCUAUGUUUGUGAGCACUCCUAAGUUUGUGAGCACUCCUAAGUUUGUGAGCACUCCUAAGUUUGUGAGCACUCCUAAGUUUGUGAGCACUCCUAAGUUUGUGAGCACUCCUAGGUUUGUGAGCACUCCUAAGUUUGUGAGCACUCCUAAGGUUGUGAGCACUCCUAGGUUUGUGAGCACUCCUAAGUUUGUGAGCACUCCUAAGGUUGUGAGCACUCCUAAGGUUUGUGAGCACUCCUAAGUUUGUGAGCACUCCUAGGUUUGUGAGCACUCCUAAGUUUGUGAGCACUCCUAAGUUUGUGAGCACUCCUAAGUUUGUGAGCACUCCUAAGUUUGUGAGCACUCCUAAGUUUGUGAGCACUCCUAAGGUUGUGAUAUUCCCUAAAGAACGACAAGAUACAAUGUGUGUUUGUAUAGAUUUAUCUGUCAUUUUCUUUCCCCUCCCUUCCUUCCCUUCUCUUCCUCCUCCUCCUCCUCAGCAGUCAUUACAUAUAUAUACCAGAAUUUAUCCCUAGUGAGUUUGUGAUAUUCCCUAAAAAUUUGUUUGUAUAUAUCAAGGUAAUUUUUCCCUUUCCUUCCAUUCUCUUCCUCUAAAUUCAGUUCUAUUCCUCCCUCCUUUCUUUCUCUCUUUUCCAAUGUUUAAUUUCCUUUUCUCUCUUCUUUCCUUCUCUCCUUCAACUCCUUUAUUAUUGUCUCUUUCUUCCUUCCUUCCUUCACUACUCAUUUCCCUUUCUUCUUUCCUUUUCCUUCCAAUCCCUUCCUCUCCUGCCCUUCUCCUCCUCCUCCUCCUCCUCAGUAAUCAUUAUAUAUAUACCAGAAUUUAUCCCUAGUGAGUUUGUGAUAUUCUCUAAAGAGCUAUAAGGUUGCAAUGUGUGGUUUAGUUUAAAAAUUCUAUAAGCUUUUCUGUGAUUGCAUGAACUAAGGGAAAAAAAAGUUACUCUAUAUAUUUCUAAGACUUUAUCAAGCUGUAUGACAAGUAGUUUUUAAGUUGGCCAGUAUCUGUGUAGCGUGUGUUGAUAUGUCUACUUGUGUGUGUGUUGGGCCGUGUGUGUGUGUGUGUGUGUGUGUGUGUGUGUGUGUGUGUGUGUGUGUGUGUGUGUGUGUCAGCCUUUAAACGGGAGGAAGAAAGAAAAAAAAAGGGCAUGAAUUGCAUAAUAACUUGUACCAAUGCUUUAAAAGGCAUUAUAAAUAUAUGUAGAUGUUUGAUGAAUA